AGACAUCUAAUAUUGACGUUUCGAUUUCGAUUCGACGUUUCAUUUUGGGGGCGGGUAUCGCCACUUUAAUGUUCUAGCGAAUUUAGGAAAAAUGAGAUAAUUUAGCAUUUUAUGUUAGUUUGAGGAUAUAAAAAUAUUUCAUUAAACUAAUGUUACUAUCUACAACACCUUAGGUUUCUAUCAAGAUGAUUGGGGGCCUGUUCGUGUACAACCACAAGGGCGAAGUCCUGAUAUCACGGGUGUACCGUGAUGAUAUCGGACGGAAUGCCGUGGAUGCGUUCAGAGUGAACGUGAUCCAUGCAAGGCAGCAAGUGCGCUCGCCCGUCACUAACAUCGCUAGAACUUCCUUCUUUCAUAUUAAGAGAGCCAAUAUCUGGCUGGCAGCUGUGACCAAGCAGAAUGUGAAUGCUGCUAUGGUGUUUGAGUUCCUGUUGAAGAUUAUAGAUGUGAUGCAAUCUUACUUUGGCAAGAUCUCGGAGGAGAACAUCAAGAACAACUUUGUGCUUAUCUACGAGUUGUUGGAUGAAAUCUUGGACUUUGGUUACCCUCAGAACUCGGACACAGGAGUCCUGAAGACAUUCAUUACCCAGCAGGGAAUUAAAUCUGCAUCCAAAGAAGAACAGGCUCAAAUCACUUCACAAGUGACUGGUCAAAUUGGAUGGCGUCGCGAAGGCAUUAAAUACAGACGCAAUGAGCUCUUCCUGGAUGUACUGGAGUAUGUCAACCUCCUCAUGUCUCCUCAAGGUCAAGUGCUGUCAGCUCAUGUUGCCGGAAAAGUAGUGAUGAAGUCCUAUCUGUCUGGCAUGCCCGAGUGCAAGUUUGGUAUCAAUGACAAGAUUGUCAUGGAAGCUAAGGGGAAAGGCAAUGGAGGUAUCUCCGGUAACACAGACAGCGACCCGGCGCGCUCCGGCAAGCCCGUGGUCGUGAUAGACGACUGCCAGUUCCACCAAUGCGUGAAGCUCAGCAAGUUUGAGACGGAACACUCCAUCUCCUUCAUCCCUCCUGAUGGCGAAUUUGAGCUUAUGAGAUACCGCACAACCAAGGACAUAUCCUUGCCUUUCCGUGUAAUUCCCUUGGUCCGUGAAGUGGGUCGCACCAAGAUGGAAGUAAAAGUGGUAUUGAAGAGCAACUUCAAGCCUUCCUUGCUUGGCCAGAAGAUCGAGGUCAAGAUACCAACUCCGCUGAACACUAGUGGAGUCCAGCUCAUUUGUCUGAAAGGGAAAGCGAAGUACAAGGCUUCGGAGAAUGCUAUUGUUUGGAAGAUAAAGCGUAUGGCUGGUAUGAAGGAAACACAGCUGUCUGCUGAGAUCGAGCUGCUGGAGACGGAUACCAAGAAGAAGUGGACUAGGCCACCAAUCUCUAUGGGAUUCGAGGUGCCCUUCGCACCAUCUGGGUUCAAGGUCCGAUACUUGAAAGUGUUCGAGCCCAAGCUGAACUACUCCGACCACGAUGUGAUCAAAUGGGUGCGCUACAUCGGACGCUCAGGACUCUACGAGACGAGAUGCUAAACGAAUACUGGUUACAAUGAAAUGCACGAGCUAAGUGGUUCAACGGACACAGUAAUGGCGUGUUACAUAAUAUAUUUUUUUGUAUAUAAUUUCAUAUGCAUCGAGAGAUUCCUUCAAUGAGUUCUAUUUUUUUAUUUUCUAAUUAAUAUUUUACUGUCUAAUAUGUAUGCGUAUACGUUAUCAUUAAUCGUAAUUUUAUGUAAUACAAUUUAAUUUGAAAAUAUUGGUAAAAGACAUUAUUUAGUCGCGUCAUUUCAUUAUGUUUUAGGAAUGAUAGACAGAAGGUCACAGUAGUGUCGUAUUUUAUUAUGCAAUGCGAUUAUUAUAUUCAUAAACUUUCUUAAUUAUUGACCAGUGCCAGUGCAAUAAUACACUCAAUCUUAUAUGGUACAUAAAGAAUAUUGUGACCCAUUUAUAACUUGAGAUUAACAAACUGACAAAAUGUGUUAAAACGGUCAAAGUUUAUGGACCUUUUCUGUCUCAUAUAUCCUAUAAACAAUUAAUUUUUAUAUCAAUUAAUAAUCAAAGUUGAAUUAAUGUCUCAAAUAGGCUGCAUUUUUUUAUAAUUUUAUGUUUGUACAUUAUAUUUCUAUCGUAGAAUCUCAUAAUCGUAUCGUAACAUUCGCUUGUAAUAUUCGCCCUUACCGACAGUUUGUGUGGGGAAGAAAUUGUUGAAAAUGUAACUCCCCUGGGCGAUGUUGAUUAUUUACUAUAAAACGAGAUCUGUACCCUUGUUUCCCCUAUAAUCAAACAAUAAGUUAAAAUAAAUGAUCUAAAUUCAAGUAACGCCUAUAACUAUCGAAUGAAUGAACCUAAUUGGAUACAUCUGUUUUGGGCGUUAGGCAAAAGGGGAUUACACAUCGGGAAACAGCAACCGGGCGAAGC